AUGCGAAUCCGCUUUCCCUUUGCAAGCAAGUUCCUCUCCUUCGGCUUCCUGAUCCUCCUCCUCUUCUCCUCCAGUCUAGGCCUCCUUCCGUCCUCCUCCCUGCCCUCUACUCCGGCCGCCGCCCAACCGUACAUCCCCUCUCAGUCCGACAAAGCAUUGCACUUUAUCUGUUUCUUCCUCCUGACCGCCGUCUUUUACUUCAUAUUCGACACCGCGCGCCGGCGGGUCAUCCACUUGACGCUCAUCAUAUGCACUCUGUUGUUGGGCGUUGGGAGCGAAGUUGCACAGGGACUAUUGCCUAACGAUCGCGAGUUCGAUGCAUGGGAUGUCCUUGCUAAUGUCCUGGGGAGUCUGGCUGCGCUGGGAUUAGCGAGCGCAUAUCAUCGACGGUCAGCAGAGCGAAGGCGCCGGGCGAAGUACUCUGCUUUGACUGGCGACGGGCUGGAGGGUGAAGAUCUGGAGCUCGGCGAGGGUGCCAAUGGUACAAUGAGAGCGGGUGAUGGCGGGCAGGAGAGUGGUGUUGUACCUGCGAGGUCCAUCGAGGAGGAACUGGACAACUGGGAUGAGAAUGCUCCCGAUGACGCCUGGGAUGACGAUGACGAUACUACGGCCACGCAGAAUACGAAGGUGACGCCCUCAACCAGCUCUGUCGGCAGCGAGGAACCUCCGCACAAGGUCGCUGUCGACUGA